GUGACUUCUCAGAGUUUAAUGAGAAGCAACCAUUGAAAAUUAUUAGUGAGAUCAGUAUUUGCCUUUGAAUGGUCCAUGGCAUGCCUAAAUCAACAAGGACUUUGUUCAACUAUGGGCCCAAGAAUCUCAUUCUCUAAUGAUUUUGCUGAUACUCAGCAAACAUUAAGGCAUGAACAUGGCUACAAAGAGGCACCUGUCUCCUCCGAUUUCGAGUUUUCGGUCUCUGGUUACAAGAUGAUUCCAGCAGAUGAAGUUUUCUUCAAGGGUAAAUUGUUGCCCUUGAAAGAAAACAGCACAAAGGCCACAACACUUAAGGAUGAACUACUUGCUGACGAUGAUGAUUAUGAAGAUAUAUUUCCAACAGUAGGAAAGGGGAGCUGGAAAGAAAGAUUUGGUUUUAAGAGAGCUCCAAUUAUGCCGAAGAAAGCUGAUAAUAAAGAGACAAAGAUGCCUGAUUUCUUCAAUGACAUUAUUACAGGAGCUAAUUGAUAGGUUGAAGAGGGACGAUAAGCAAAUGGUAAUGUCGUCAAGUUCUUGAAUAUAACAAGGGCGGAAUUUUUUCUUUUUGUCCUUCUGGUUUGGGGUGUUUUUAGAGAUUUUAAGAUUUUUUUUUACUAUUAGGAGAUGGAAAAGUUGUGAUAUCUUUGAUCAUUCAUCCACCCCUCAGAGAAUUGGGCAUGUACACAUGUGCAGCGUCGUGAUCGUUUUUAUGUUGUACAAAAAAUUUCGACUUUUAUGUACUUUUGAUGUAAUCAUAUGUAUUUGUCUGAAUUCUGAUAGAAUCUAAUCUAAUAAUGCUGCUAUAUUUUCACUGUGUU